CUAGUACCAGCCCAGACACAGACACCGUAGGAUACCCCUGACGCCUUCGAGAAAGCAUGAUCGACACCUUCAUCGCUCGUUCUGCUACCUGGUAGUUGGGUGAUUCGAUUAAUCAUUGGGUCCGUGCUUGGUACCGCAGUUGAGAGGUUUCUGUUGCGUUUCGUCGUGUUGGCUACCACACACAACAUCCCGCGGGUCAUAGAGCUACUACUGGUACGAAUGAAAGGUAUCCGGUGCGGGGACCUUUGCUGGUUGUCGGCGACGACUUUUGACAAUCAACGGUACCGGUACCAAUAAUACAAUGCUCCAGUAAGCUACCGGUACCGUACCUGGAUCAAUUCUACUUCCCCAGCUACAUGUAGAUCUAAACUGAAUCCGUUAUUAGACGUUCAGUUUUUUUUUUAGAGUCUACCAGUAGCGUUGGCAUUGGUGGUACCUGGGUCAUUGGUGGUACUAUCGUUUGCUAUGAGCCACACCAGACUGACUGUCGCUCAUCGGUCCGUUCGCCGCAGGAGUCGAGUCUCCGACAAAGGAAGCGAAGUAAUUUGUCCGAAUCGAAUCAGCAAAGGUAGGUAAGCGAACAACCAGCUCAUUUUCUAGUCUGCGUUCAUUCCCACUGGCAUGCUUCCGCCUAAACAAUGCCCAAACUUAGACGCCGUAGACGGCAAGAUCCGAUCUGAUUUAGACUUUUGGCCUCACAGCUCACCUCGCUUGCAACCGUGUGGGGGUUCGGAUCAUUAAUUACCUAAACCUUGAUCGUAACUUUUCUGUACCAAAUUGAGUCCUGUUUCUUCAACAUUAAAUCUUUGCCUCCGGCCAACUUUGUUCAAGCAGGUGCACUCAGUCGUGGCCGUCGGAGCCACACACCCUUUUCUUCGAAGUGAUAGAAGGCGACAUCAAACUCUUCGCCUUGCAGCCUUCCCCCAAACAAGCCACAAUUACAUGUGGUGCCGAAGCUGUUGCUAGUUUCCUUUGUCUACACUGCCGGCAACCCUUUCCUCUCUCGGAACCUCUCAUUCGUGGCCCGCAUUUUACGUUGUGCGAAACGUUCCAGAAGCUUUUCGGUAACCAAGCUCCUUCCGUGGGAUUGUUGCUCCACUGCUUUAACUUGACUGCCCGAGGCGACAACACACAUCCAAGGAUAAGCCUGUCUGGGACUUGGUUCAACUCUUCCCUCUAAAAAUUGGACCGACUGGCACAUACACUACAAAGCACUGUGACUUACUCCAACGGUUCGACCAAAGCUUGAGACUUGAACGACUUUUUCUCACAAAAAGCCAAAGACAGCAAUCAAUACUCAACAGCAAUCUGUUCAUAGAACACAAAAAGCAACAAUCACAGACAACAUGUCCUCUCGACAAGUAUCCCCAGACCCCGAUGCCUCCAGUGGCUCUUCUUCCUUGGCUCGCCCCACCAAUAUUAUCCACCGCGAGUCUUCUUCCUCUAGCACCACAGGCACGGGACGCCCGAGUCUAUUGGCCGGUCUGAGUCUACCUGCCAAUUUUGAAGACGAUGGUCAGGUAGCUCCUCCAAGGCCUCGUCGUCUUUGGAAGGUUAAUGACACCUCUUUGAAGCCAGUGCCCUAUUUCUACCCACCUUUGGACCCCAAAUGCACCGUCUUUGUCAGUGAUGCCCCUCCUUCAGUGGUGGCUGUGCGCAUUGCCGAAUGCUUGCGCAAACGAAGCGUCUCUGUAGAAUACGAUGAAGAAGCUGUGACUGCCACUUGCAUGACGGUGGAUCGGUGUCAUUUCGUCAUUCGGCUGUUCCAGGGAUCCUCCAGACAUCACCCCCGUCAUGGAAUGGAUAUGGAAUCCAGGCCCGACUUUAACCACGGCGUCCUUGUGGAAACCAUGAGGCUCCGCGGAAAUUGCAUUUCCUUUCAUCGGUGUUCUCGAGCCGUCUUGCAAGCUGCCCUCAGCCACAGCACGGGCGCGGAUACUCGAAAACCCUACCAAACCGCCAGCAAUGAAUUCCCGCGUCUCCUGCCAUUGCCUCCCCACAAGCGCAAGAACGGCAUGAAACUCUUGGCACCCCACAAAAAACCCAAAACAUCGGGCGGCGCCCACUCCUCGACCGCCUUGGAAGCUCUCGAACGCGCAACUUUGUUGCUGCGCAAAGAUCGAUUGGGACCACAACAAUUGGCCAUGGAAAGUCUGGUCUCCUUGACCGAUCCUGAAUCCUCCGGCUUGGAUACCGCUUUGCACUGCAGUCUGGCUAUCCUGGGCUCCCCCAUUACAGGAGGCACAGGCGAAGAAAAGUUUCUCAAUGAAUUGCACCAUGAUUGGGUUGUCAAACUCUUGCAGGAUCGUGUCAUGCCGAAUGAGAUUAGCGAAGAAGACGGCGUCACGCCCCCAGGAAGUUGCACCCAAAGCAGCCUCCUCAUCAAGUGCGGCGACAAGGAAGGGGAAGGACAGAACGCGAAUACGUCGGCAUGGGCCGGAGCCAGCGGCGACGAACACCACGGCGGCAUUAUGAGAGCGCUCUGUCUAAGAGUCUUUACCAAUGCGUUGGCAUUGGUUGCUCAGCAGCAGCCGUCGCUGCUGAAAUCCAUUUUGGAUGUGCAGUCUUCCCAUUUGGUCGACCGAUCCUUCGUCGCCGCCUUGCUCGAGGACUUGGCGGGAGCCAUUCGUCCCCCAGCGGUGGUGCAAGGGACUCGCCUGGCAUCUGCUCACGAAGCUGCACUGGCCAUUCGGUGUCUUGGCUUGUUGGGCGAACAUUCCGAUCUUGCCAAGAAGCAAAUCGUUAACGAGUCGGUGUUGGGCAGCUUGGAAAAGGCCCGUGCCACCGGCCGCUCGACACACGAAGCCUUGUUUGAAGAGGCCGAACGCACCUACGCUCGCUUGACGGAGGAUGUUCGUUCCUGUUAGAGAGAGACACACAAAAACACGCACACAAGCGGCCCCGUAGUGGGAAGCUAUAAAUCACCGUAAACCAACAAUAGAGAUUUUAUUUUAUCC